AUGUUCAAAGGCGCCAAAAGCUGGCGAGCCAGGUCUAUGGAGCCAAAACAGGGGCUGAUGUGUGCCAGCAAAAAAGGGCAUUUUCCAUUGAAAGGUUGCUACGAAGAUGAUACGGACUUAUUGUGGCUGAUGGACAAUGACAACGAAAAGUCAAGGCUGCAGCACUUUCUUUUGAUAAUUCAACUUAAACAUGACUUAAUACUGCAAGCUCCAAGUGGAAACAACUCAAAGUGGAUGGUAGCCAUCGUGGUUGACCAAUUAAGUGCUCACAACGAGACCACGAAUGUCAGCCACUGGAGUUUUUAUAGAAGUGACGAAAAUUGGAAGCGCUACACAAUCCCAAAAACAAACAUUUUGGAAGUACCCAUCAGAGAUGUCAGAUCACGUCUAGAGUACAAAAUACAAAUUAUUCAACGGUUAUUUGUUGAAAUGAGGGGAGUUAGAAAUAAUUCAGUUCAUGUUGGGGUCGUCUUUUUUAAUGGUAAAAGUCUGACACAAAAAGAAAUUAUAAGUGUGCCCUCCAUUGUACAACAACUCAGUUCAAAGGUAAAGAUCUUUACAGUGAUAUAUGGUAGUAAACUUGUAGAGGAAGUUGUGCACCUGACUGACACUCUUGUCUUACCAGACAUGGACAUCAGUUAUUUCAUAAAGUAUUUACUGAUGGCGAUGUGUGAGACGUGUGGACCAGGAUGGGUCCUGUUUAAACACACAACGGGGCUCAGUAUGCUCUCCUGCUUUAGAAUAUUUCCAAUCUUUAGAGAAACUAAGUGGCUUGAUGCAUUGCAUUACUGCAAAAGUCCAUUAAAUGGAAAUUUGGCAGGAAUUGAAACUGAAGAGGAAAUGUUAUUUUUAAAGGAGCAGUUAUUAAAAAUAUUCACAGAUUUGAACCUAUCUAACAUCAGUUUUCAUAUUGGCCUCACAAGAGAUUUAGGUAAUUAUGCGAAACGAUUUCAGUGGAUGACCAGUACUGGAAAGUUUCGUCCUCUUUUAAUUCCUCAUUGGCUGCCUGGUCAACCUUGUAGAGACUGUAAGGAUGAUGACUGUGUGGUGUGGCAGUUUACAAAUACCACAAGUGACAAAGAUAACAGAAGUGUUAGUGAAGGAUGGAUAAAUAUUAACUGUUAUUCUGAAAUAAACUCUGAACCACUAUGUGAAAUUGCCCUUCCUCGAAAUAUUAAUGAUGUUGACUUUAUCUUUAGUACACCAGUUCCAAAAGAGCACAUUAAUUUCACAAUACCAAAGGAACAUUUUCUCAUUUACGAAAGGAAUAUAAUUUCCAUGACUGCAAACGUUCCAAACUCCAAUUUUCUUCAAUUUCUGAGAAAAUCAAACAUAGACUUUCCCGUUUUUGACUGUGGGGAAGACUCCGGGGAUCGUAGAUACAUUUCUUAUAACUUGGUCUGUGAUUUCGUUGAUCACUGCAGCAACAGACUGGAUGAGCUUCUUUGUUUGAAAUUUAUAUCACCUAAUGACUUAAACUGCAUAUCUGGCCAAAGGCUGUACCAUAAAGAAUAUCAAUGUGACAAGAUCAAGGACUGCAGAGACGACAGCGACGAGAAAUUCUGCAUUCAUAGAAAUUGUGAAGGUGGACAAUGUCAAAAUGGAUCAUGUCUACCUCUGCAGUGGGACAAUAAUGUACAAGAUGACUGUUUCAUUUAUACGAUUAGUUUCCAGGAAUAUAUAAAUAGUUAUUUGAGCUUACACAAAAGUAAGCCUCCUAUAAAUAAAAAGAGAUGUGCAUUAGUAUGCGAUCCUGACAUAUGUGUAAACAAAUCUCAGCGCAACGACUCGGUCAAAGACUGUAGGGGUACUGAAGGUCUUAUAGCUAAGACUCUAGGAAAGCUAGAGUCUGCUGACUCCUGCAAGAAUAGCUUCGGACAUUAUAUAUGGGCCCCAAAAUGUCAUUAUAUCAAAGAUAGAUACGGCGGUAUCGUCGGGUGCACCGAUAUGUCACAUCUUAGAGACUGUGAGAACUUCCAGUGUGGUCAGGGGUAUGGGAAAUGUUAUAACUCGUACUGUAUUCCUCAUUAUUAUCUUCGAGAUGGAAGAGCUGACUGUCCUACAGGAGAAGACGAGCAACUAUUCUACACUGGUCCAUGUACUGGGCAUUUUGCUUGCUGGGACAGCAACAUUUGUCUUCAUCCUGACCUAGUUUGUGAUGGGUAUACCGAUUGUCCGUAUGAUGACGAUGAACUUGGCUGCCGCGACGAUUGUCUUAAAGGUUUCCGGUGUAUCGCAGGAACAGUGUCGGUUACUGAUUACAACAGAUCAAUUCCUUUAGACAUGACACAUGUGUAUGCUAUGGAUAGACAGAUGAGAUACCUGGACUUAACUGGAGUAGAGUUUCAGGAAAUGAACUCGUUUUUGCACACUGCAGCAGGAGCAUUUCUGAAUUUAAAAGUCCUUAUCUUGUCUAAAUGCAACAUAAGUGAGUUAUUUUUGCCUUUAUUUAGUAACAAUCCACCGUUUGUGAUUCAGAAACUGGACAUUAGCUACAAUAAAUUCGAAGCCUUUGCAACCGAUGAAUACAACUAUUUUUACAAACACAUAAAUUAUCUUAACAUUUCUCACAAUCGGCCUUUAAAGUUGCUCAGAAAUUUACGGUUCAAUUUUCUAGAAAUAAUUGACCUUUCCUUUACAAGUCUGUCUUAUCUAAACGAUUCAGUGUUUGCACAACUCCCCAGACUGAAACAUCUAAAUUUAAGUCAUUCGUUGAUUUCAAAAUUUACGAGCCAAUUUUUUAGAUCAAAACUGACACUACAGACAUUAGAUUUACGAGGUAUUCUUACACAAGAUCUCGACGACUAUUUCUUUCAUGAUCUCACAAUUAGCCAGGCGUUGUAUUCUGAUCUUUUCCAGAUUUGCUGUCCACAGAUUCGUGGGUUAGUAAUUACACAACGGACAUGUGUGGCUCCUGUACACGUAGACGCCAUUUCCUCGUGUGCUAACCUGUUAGGAAUUGAUAUUCAGCGAUUUCUUCUCUGGAUAGUUGCAAUUCUCUCAGUUCUGGGAAACGUGACGAUCAUUGUGUAUCGGGUAAUCUGGGAUAGGUCAGUUCUUCAGACAGGAUACGGUCUGUUUGUGACAAACUUGGGUAUAUCUGACUUCAUUAUGGGUGUCUAUCUGUUGAUGAUUGCCGGGGCUGAUUCUUUCUACCGUGACAGUUACGUUCUCUAUGACAAGACCUGGAGGAACAGUGUUGUAUGCAAGAUAGCUAGUUUUAUGGCUUGUCUUUCGUGUGAAGCAUCGACGUUCUUUGUUUUCCUGAUCACCCUCGACAGAUUUCUGGUGAUGAAGUUUCCAUUCGGUCAAAUAAAGUUUACGUGGUUUCACAAAACUAUCGCAGUUGUGAUGUCUUGGUUGGUAAGCUUCCUACUUUCACUUAUCCCCAUAGUGUUGAAAUUUGACAUCUAUUCUUCGAACGCAAUGUGUCUUGCCCUGCCCUUAAAAAACACCUACGCUAGAGGUUGGGAGUAUUCAGUUGCAGUUUUUAUUAUUUGUAACCUGAUCAUGUUUGUCUUCGUUGCGUGUGGUCAAUAUGCGAUCUUCCGUGCCAUGUCAAAAAACAGAAUAUCUAAGACAGCAACUAACAUACCUUCUUCACGACGAGCUGAAGAUAUAACAGUAGCUAAACAACUGUCUCUUGUAGUUCUGUCUAAUUUUCUCUUCUGGUUUCCUGUGGGAAUCAUGGGACUGAUGUCUCUUGGAGGUCAUGAGGUCAGCAGUCAGGUUUAUGCCUGGACAACAGUUCUGCUUCUGCCCAUCAACUCCGCCGCUAAUCCUGUUCUGUACACUAUUCCUGCCCUACUGGAGAGGUGGCAGCAGUUCAAACGUGGAGGUUAA